GCGGCGGCGGCGCGGCUGGAGGGGGUCCUGGCCCGGCUCCCCCGCUAUGGCCACGUCCCCGUGCAGCAGCAGCGGCGUCUCCUCGUCGUCCUCGUCCGGGCUGGGCGCGGACGCGGGGCUGGAGAUCCGCACGCGCUCCGUGGAGCAGACGCUGGUGCCGCUGGUGUCUCAGAUAACCACUCUUAUUAAUCAUAAGGACAAACCAAAGCGCUCCGACAAGACCCUGCAGGCAAUCCAGCGAGUGGGCCAGGCCGUUAACCUGGCAGUGGGGAGAUUUGUUACUGUGGGUGAGGCCAUCGCCAACGAAAACCAUGAGCUGAAGGAGGAAAUGAGCGUUGCUUGCAUCGAGGCAAGGAGAGCAGGUGAAACAAUUGCACAGCUUACAGAUGUGGCUAGCUUGGAUCAUCCAGAAUCUGACAGCCACAUAACAAUCUUUACGGACAAAACGGGUGUGGUGAAAGCUGCAAGGUUGUUGCUUUCUUCUGUCACAAAGGUGUUGGUGUUAGCAGACAGAAUUGUUAUUAAGCAAAUUAUAACUUCCAGGAACAAGGUUCUUGCAACAAUGGAACAACUAGAAAAAGUCAGUAGUUUCCAGGAGUUUGUACAGAUAUUCAGCCAGUUUGGGAAUGAAAUGGUGGAGUUUGCCCAUUUAACUGGAGAUAGGCAAAAUGAUUUGAAAGAUGAGAAGAAAAAGGCUAGAAUGGCAGCAUCUAGGGCUGUUCUUGAGAAGUGCACUAUGAUGCUCCUGACUGCUUCAAAGACUUGUCUGAGGCACCCAGACUGUGAAUCUGCUCGUAUUAACAAAGAUGGAGUUUUUCAUCGGAUGAGACUAGCUUUGGAACAGGUGAUAGAAAUUGUAACUGACUCUAGACCAAAUGGAGAAAGUGAAAUGGCCCCCAUCAGCAUAUAUUCUGGCAUCAAAGAAUUCAAGAAUAAGGUGGAAGGUCUCCGUGAGAAUCUUUAUUUUCUCUCAAAAGAGAACCUUUCAACAAUGCUGGAAGUUAUCCUGGAACACACAGAAGACUUCACAGACUCUGCCUAUACCAGUCAUGAGCACAGAGAGCACAUUUUGGAGCUGUCUAAACAAGCUAAAAUGGAACUAGAGCAGCUGGUUUCAGUGUGGAUGCAAGCUCAAAACCAAAAGACAAAGGAUCUCAUGGAAGAUUUGGAAGUAGCCAUUUUAAAAACAUGCCAGUGCAUGAAUGAACUGAAAAGAGAGGUCCACAGUGCAGCAACAUCUCUGGCAGCAGAUCUUCUGAAAUACCAUACAGAUCAUAUGGUUCUCAAAGCAUUAAAAAUCACGGGAGUAGAAGGAAAUCUUGAAGCUGUAGCAGAAUAUACUUGCAAGCUAUCAGAGCAGAAAGAACAGCUUGUUGAGAUGUGUCGCUUACUGAGGCAUGUUUCUGGAACUGAGCCCCUUGAGAUAACUUGCAUACAUGCAGAGGAUACCUUUCAGGUCACUGGCCCACAGAUAAUUUCUGCUGCAGAAACUCUGGCAUUACAUCCAUCUAGCAAGAUUGCAAAAGAAAAUCUUGAGGUGUUCUGUGAGGCCUGGGAGUCUCAACUGAGUGACAUGUCUCUGUUGCUAAGAGAAAUCAAUGAUGUGUUUGAAGGAAGAAGAGGAGAGAAGCGUGUCUACCUAUCACUGCCCAGACCAGGGAAGCAUAAUGCAAAUCUGAAAGCAUUAAAGCCAGUCAAACUAGAUUCUGAGGAACAGGCGAAAAUUGCAAAGCUUGGAUUAGAAUUGCAUCUGCUCACAUCUGAUGUGGAUUCUGAGACAGAGAAAUGGGAGGACCAGGAGAAUGAGAUUGUGCAGCAUGGACAAGGCAUGUCAAGUAUGGCCUACUCCAUGUAUUUAUUUACCAGAGGAGAAGGACUUCUGAAAACUACUCAAGAUUUAUUUCAUCAGGCAGAGAUUUUUGCCACAGAGGGCACAAAGCUUGCCUCAGCUCUUCAUGCUCUUUCUGAUCAGGUACGUGAUGAUGACAAGCCUUUGCUUCUGUUGGAGGCUGAAAAACUCAUCACUAUGUGCAAGCAGCUCCAGGCAACAGCUAAAGCUUCUGCUCAGGGUAAAAGUGCUACAUUUACAAAGGUUGAUGCAUGCAUUCUGAAAACAAGGAAUGUGAUGACUCUCUUAUGUCAACUUCUUCCACUUUGCUGCAAAUUACUGAGAAAGAAUAAAGCGGGAAAUGGUUGUCUUAAGCCUGCUCCACCAUGGAAAGAAGACAGAAUACGAACUGGUACAAAUGCACGUACUCCAGAAAGAAGAGUGGAGACAUUUGGCAUCAAGUCUUUAGAAAAUCAUGUAACAAACAUGACAUUUUUAGAGAGCAAGUAA